AUUGAUUCAUGCCUUUCUUUUGAAAAUUUCCCGUAGGCUUAGAUUCCCCCUUUUUUUUCUUAGGUUUGUGGAGAAAAACGAUUGGCCUAGGAAGUGGAUGAUAUAUCGUGCAACACUUUCUUCUAUUCGCCGACUUGGGCAGAUUACGAGAAAGGAACGCCAUUCGCCCUCGUUUCCUUUUGUUUGACCAAUUUCUCCCUUUUUUCUUCUGGGGAAUGGUAGUGCUCGAUCACCUACAAAAGUUUCACAUGCUAAGAGCCACAACGAGUCACGCGGGAUUGGAUACACGACCCAGACGGAAAAGUGUAUAGCUUAUGGAAUCGUUGCGUUGCUUCCUCUAGUUGUACUUUAUGAACAAACGGAAUGACGAACAAAAGCAAUUUAGAUUGAGCAAUGGAUGAGGCGAAUAGAGCAAAGAAAAAUGGUACGAUAAUUACUCCGUCAUAUAUGACAAUUGAUUUUCCUCCUAUUUCACGUUACGUCGACUUGCGGUCUUCAACUUGGUCGUCUGGAACGAAAAGAAAAAAAUUUUACGACGCACAAGCGAACGGUUUCAAGAGGCGAAAGACUUACUGUCCUGAAAGUUUGAAAUGGAUGCGUGUAUCGGUCUUUGUUCGUGAUCCCGUCACGAUUAAAGAUGUAACAACAACAAAAAUAAGAAAGUGAUGCCCCUAUGUCAAGAAUAAGCAAAGCAUAAAGGGCGGUGCAGUCCGCCCGUUCGUCCAGCCCUCCCCGGAAUAGGCUAUCCCGGUUACGUCAUCAUUCAACUCUUUCAGCUCGUGCCAUGCUCGUGCCAUCAUCGUGAAAUGUGGAUAUAUAAGUGCAGUUCCAUAACUUUCCGAACCACAGUCAGUAGUUUGCUUACCAACAAACACAAAGUGUUGUGCAUGUGCGUUGCUCUUUGUUCUUCCCUGCGGACUACCAUAUGGUAGUGUAAGUACUACAGAUGGUGGGAAUAAGUGAUAUCAAAGCGGAGGAAGUCAGCAGCACAAAUAUCCGCAAUCGGACAAGCAAACUCAACCGGUCAUCGGAAGCUAUGAAAUCCAUGAAAGAGAAUGGCUACGAUUCAAGUGGAGGUGGUCCUGCACAUAUAAAAAAGGGCGGUGCUACGUUACACGAAUUGGAAGACCACCAGCAGCCUGUGGAAGAGUCGUUGAAUCAAGAUAAUCAAACGUGUCAUCUUGAACGACUAAUGUUGGAAGACAACAGCAGUACGCAUAGCAAUCCCACCGAUCUUUACGAGAUGACGAUCCAUCAUCAGCCCGUACAGCAUCGUACUCCGCGUCAGCAUCAGUUACAUCCAAAGCCUCCUCAUCAUGUGGUACCAAUUGCCCUACAUAAAAAGCUCGAACAGAGUAAAGAAACACCGAAGCAGUGGGGGAAAAACAUCGAAGAAAGUAUUAACGGGAUUCUCAAAAGGUUGGAUCAACUGACCGGCGACCAUGAAACGAAUGAUGCUGGUAAGAAGAAUGCACUGGUUGCACCCCAAAUAAGAGCCGGCCAAAUCAAUCAACACCGUGAUAUGACUAGCGAACGACUUCAGCAUAAUAAAGAAAAAGAACGAAUGACAAAGCGAAUUGAAGAGCUAGAGAAGAUAGUCGAAAGGUUAACACAUGAAAAUCGGCAAUGGAAAACUCGCCUUGAAGAUUUGGUGGCGGAAAACCGACAUUUGCAGUUAGUCAAAUAUCCAGCAGACGAGCUGAAAUCUCGCUCAUCUGUUCUCAUGACGGACAUUAAAGGACGCCCUUCGGUUGUAUUGGCCGAUCCAACCGUUAAACGAAACGACGCUGCCUGGAUGUCCUUAUGGAACGUUUUGCCGCAUGUUGGUGGACCUAAUAGCAUCGAGACGAACGCUUUCCAACAACCACAUCCUGAAAUUCUUCUUCGGUGUUUACAAAUCAACUUACAGCACAAGAAAAAGGCCAUGGAGAGGACCAAACGUUUGUUGGUUGACCGCAAUAUCGAUAUUGCUUUAAUACAGGAACCAUAUGCUCUCGGAACAGGCGCGCCCGAGUUGUAUGGAGUACCGGCUGGCUAUACUGCUUUUCACAAUUUAACAGAGCACCACACAUCAGGAGCGGCAGUAAUAGCCAAGAACACGCUACGAGCCAAAAUGUGCACGUACAGUCGUAAUGAUAUUGCCGGGAUUCAACUGAGGUCGGGCAACAAAACAUAUCACUUUUAUUCCGUAUUCUGCCGACCAAGUUCGUUAAAUCUGAGUUCCACUUUGCUGCCAUUGCUGGAACAAGCGCCACCCACUUUGGUGAUUGGGAUGGAUGCCAGCGCCAAACAUCCAAAAUGGAAUAACGGCAUGGUCUAUCGGAAGAUUGAUCAGCGCGGACGGGAGCUGGAGCGACUGUUGGAUCAAUACGACAUGCAUCUGGCUAGUCCACCACUGUACAAGUUGAAGUACAUCCCGGAAAAUUAUACAUUCAUCGACGUUACAUUGGGUGGUGAAAAUAUUCAAUUUCACGAUUGGAAAUUCUGGGAAGAUUCCCUGUCCGAUCAUCCCUACGUUUUCUUUCAGGUGGAAUGAAGUAUUCAAUUUCGCACACGUCUCACAGCGGCACGAACGGCAAUCCUAGAAAUACCAGCGGGCAAUAUGAGCGUGUAGUAAACGGAUAAAGUUAUCUUCAACACCUGUUCUUAACUUAGUCAACCAUAGUCUUCAAUGUAAGUCAUUCCUCGUCUCUAUUCCUUAAUCGUAUCAUGCCGUGAAUUAUCAGUAAAAUGCAAAUAAUUUUUCAGCUGUCUGGUUAGUAUUGAAGGUUGCGUACGUAUAAUUAUAUGAUGGUUCAUUUUAGAUUACUCUGACCAGCUUAAACAAAUUUCUUCUAUACUAAUUGUUUUGUUUGAUACAAUUCUCUAUGUUUUAAUUAAAGUUGACGUUACCUUUCGUUCUUGUUCUUGGUGCGGUAAUAAUUGAGAAACACUGAACGUCGUAAUAAUUUUUAUAAUUUUAUUGAACACGAAACAGAGAAUUUUGGGAAAAGUGGUGCCGAAAAGAACAAUUUCGGGGCGAGCCAAAUGCUUAGAGAUAUUUUACAAUAUGUACACGGUAAAAUCAAACAUUAUUGAAAAUAUGAAACAGAAUUUUGAACUUUAGAUGCGAAAAGAACAAUUUUGUGGAGAGAAACUUAUAAGUACAGAAAGAUAUUUACAACACGUUACAAGGUAAGAACCCAACAUGACUGAUAAUAUCGUCCUGUGAAUUUUGAACUGUGUUGCGUCGAAAACAAUAAUUUUGCGGAUAUACAUAGGUAAGGAAAAAUAUUUACGUUAUGUACAAAAUGAGACCAUAUUUGUUUGCCUUCCUCUAUAGUAACGCACUUUCAGGAUUGAUUGACUCAUUUAAGGAGGAAACCCCCGUAAAGGUAGCCGAACAACUGGCGUGGUGGACGUUCUGCGUACUCUGCCAUCCCCACAGAAAAAUCAAGUGGGGUUCUUCUUCUGACGGCUGCAAACAUGCGUCAGACGCGACAUGCACUUUUAACGAGUAUAAGUGCAGUAUCGACAUCUCAUCACACGAAUGCAAACUUGUGCCAUGAAGAAGACGAUGGAAACAAAACCGAGAAAAGUCCCAACACACGACAGCGGACAAUUCCAUUUACGGGUUCGUCUAUCAAUCUCUUUGGUUUGUUGCUAGGAGUCAGCAUCAAGAUGAAGGAUAGGCUUUUCAGACUUUCUGCUCCUUGAAAAGGCGCAGACAGUUGCCUAAAUUUCCGCGCAACACGCACUUCUUGCUCGAUUCGUCUUCAACGAUAUCCACAAAGUAGCGGGUCCACAAUUGCUUCUUUCGCUGGGGUGUAAGCCGUCCUAAGGACGCAAAAGGAAUCUCGACGAGGGAGGGUAGAGAUUCGACAAUUUGCUUGGCCACGGUGCGGCGCCCUUCGUUGUUUCCUUGUGUAAUCGUAACUCGGAUUUGACCGUGAGGCCCUCUUGGAGGCGUAACCAUGAUCUUUACGCCAUGCGACUUCUGGAAUGCCUUGACGUGUUUUCCUUCCUUGCCGAUAAUCUGGCCGUAGUAUUGCGAAGCAAUGUUCAGCAGCUGAUAGCUUCCAGAUAGUUCGUGCUCAACGACUGCGUUGAUGACCUUAAAGGCACAAGACGUCACGUUAGAUGGUGCCUCCUGUUUGGCUGGUGGUGAUGCCACAGGUUUCAACUCCUCAGCGAGUUGUUGAUUUGGGCUGAUGGUAUCCUGAAGUUCACCUGACGAAUCCAUGACGAUCGUAUAUCCUUGAAUAUCUUGAUUCCUAAAGCGGAUAUCCAUACAUGGAAACACGGGAACUUGUGGUUCACGAGCAACCUUUUCACGGCGUGGAGCAGCCUCUUGCACGAGUGGAGGAGUAGCGACGUCCUGCGCGUCAUCUUGGGAAGAUGGCUUUGCAGAUUCGUCAACAACCUCAGUCUGUUCAUCACGAGCGUGCAAUACGGGCAACGUUUCAUUCUCGAGAGCAGCAUCAGGUUCCUCCGAUUCCGAAGUCACGAGAGUCGAUCUGCUCUGUUCUUGGACGAUCAUUUCCAAUUGCGCAAGCUUGUUGCUCUGGC